UUACCGUGCCAUCUUGUUUCAAAAGUUCCUGGAAGCAAGCAGAACAAGUGUUAAUCUCUAAGAAAUUGUCCAAUGCUAGAUGAAUACCUGAUAUGUUACUGCAGUUGCAGAUUUUUCUUUAUCCGAAAAUGAUCAGGGUUUAUUCUGUGUGGAUGCCACUUGUGCUGGUGUUUGGAGCAGCAACAGCCGAAUUCAAAGUGAACGAACAUGAUAUGUGGCUUCAUGUUGGGGAUAGGAGCGCGUUUAACCUAUUGUUAACUCAGCGGUUACCUAUCCCUAUCAACGUGACGUUCGACAUUCAACAUAAGGACUUAGUAAGAACAGAUCCAGCUACGUUUAUCGUGAACAAUACUGCGAAUGUAUUAUCAUGGAACAUUAACGUAUACGCACUCAAUCCAGGAUAUUCUACCAUUGGUCUCAAUGUCACGCCCGACAAUUUAACUGUUUCCGUGGACGCAUUUGUAAGAGUCACUGUAAGGAAAUCGGAUACGCUGUACCAUAUUAGCAGUAUAGUUGGGUGGAUUUAUUUCUUAGCAUGGAGCGUCAGUUUCUACCCUCAAAUCUACAGCAAUUACAAAAGAAAGAGUGUUGUUGGAUUGAACUUUGAUUUUUUAUCAUUAAACCUGGUUGGAUUCGUCAUGUACUCCCUCUUCAACUGUGGGUUAUAUUGGAUCCCAGUAAUCUGGAUGGAAUAUUUAGAACGGCAUCCUAGAGGUGUAAUUCCAGUACAAAUUAACGACAUAUUUUUCUCUCUCCAUGCUGUCUUUGUAACGUUAAUCACGAUAAGCCAGUGUUUUAUCUAUGAGAUUGGAGGACAACGUAUAUCAACAACGGCACGUGUAAUUCAUGGAAUAUUUUCAGCUGUGAUACUUAUAUCAAUAGUCCUAUCAGUUAUUCAUAUAAUCGCUUGGCUGGAUUUUCUUUACAUCUGCGGUUACAUUAAAUUAGCGAUAACCUUGAUAAAAUACGUACCCCAAGCGUACUUCAAUUAUCAACGGAAAUCAACAGUUGGAUGGAGCAUUGGGAAUAUAUUCCUCGAUUUCACUGGAGGUCUGCUGUCUAUGCUAGAGAUGAUCUUAAAUGCGUACAAUUACGACGAUUGGAAUAGCAUUUUUGGAGAUCCUACCAAAUUUGGACUUGGCUUCUUCUCAGUGGCAUUUGAUAUAUUCUUCCUCGUCCAACACUAUUUAUUAUACAGAAUCAUAAAAAUCUGUGGGUAAAACAACAGAUGCACAAGACAAAGAAAGGAAGGCAUAAAGCAUGGGGGUAGAGAGAAUCAAUUCUCAUUUUCCAGGCAUACCAGUGAGAAAGUGUACGACCUUGAAGGCCGGGCAUAACGAAAAACAGGAGAAGGUCCUGUUUGAGGAGAUAUCCAUGAUCUAUAUUCGAGUAAUUAAAUCCAUUAGGAGCCAUUAAAAAUUAUGGAAAGGAGCGAACGAUUUAUGCAUGUUUUACAAUCCGGAACAUUUCUUGUAUUGUGAUGACUUUCUGUGAAAUAAUAUGACUUAUUACACGUAAUUUAUUCACAUGAAAAAAAAUUUUAUUGAUUUUAACGUGAAUAAAUUGAUUUUUAUUGUUGCUUCGUAUUUAUAGAAUAUUACUUUAUUUCUGUAGUAAAUGAAAAGACGGAUGCAGAAUAUCAUGUUUAAUUCCAUAAUCACAAUCCCAGGAAUGGAAUUAUUAAAUAGAAUUGUAAUUGGUAUUAAAAACAGGAAUUUGACAUUUUUAUUUUAAUGUUUGUAAAAAUUGAUGCAUGAUGCAUGACUAGACAAACGGACAGCAAUGAUCCAAAUCAUCCCGAAUGAUAAGAAUGUGGCAUAGAUGAGUAAUUGAAGUAUAGAAUAGCUAAGCAGUUGUCUUCCUCUGGAAUACCUUGAUUUAAGUACAUCUACAUUAAGAAAAAAAGUUUUUAAGAAGUCCUUCUCCACUUAUAUUACGAAAUACAUUCUCAAAUUUUUUCCAAGUAAAAACGAUAUCUUGUACUGAGAGAAUAAAGCUUUAGUGAAGGGAUUCAGUACCUGUCCGAAAGAUGAGGAUUUUUUUCAUGAAAAAAUAUGGAUAAGAAAGAGGCUGACUGAACUUACUCAUAAAUUUUCAUCACAAAACUACUUGACUUCGGUACAGAAGUCGCCUUAUCUCGUUAUUUCAUGGCUCAUUAUUUUUCGGAUAAGCACAAAAUCUCUUAAGGCUCGCAUGGACUGUCUAUCGAACGGGAUCUUUUGUUUCAAUUCUAUCUUAUUAGCCUAAAAUAUAUUCGACUUUGGGGGAAAACUUGUGUUGCGGAAACCACUCGAAUCCUUAUUAAAGGAUAAUGAAAAUAAUGACGUAAAAUUAUUGAAAGGCGCCAAAUCGCGAUAUCGAUUGAAAGGAAUCUACUAAGUUAAAAAAAGCUGCAUAUUUUUUAUUAUUUUUUGUGAACUUAGUAGAUUCCUUUCGAUCAAUAUCGUGGUUGAGCGCCCUUCAAUACUUUUUCUUCUUUUUUUUUUCAUAAUCUUUUUAUAACCAUUCGAGUGGUUCUCGCACCACAAAUUUGAUUCCAAAUUUUUAUUUAUUUUAAACUAACCAGAUAGAAUUGAAACAAAAGAUCACGUUCGAUAGAUAGUCCAUGUCGGCCUUAAGAAUGUUUAACCGUCAAGUGAGCAACCGUAUCAGAAAAUAAAAUUGAAAAAUUCAAAGAAAUCAUUUACGAGGUAACUAUUUUUUUCUAUUUAUUCACGAGCCUCAUGGCAUACUUUGUGGUUCAAAUUAUGAAGAAAUAUUAAAAAAGUUUAUAAACAUUGACGUAUGACUGACUACUGUGGUAACGCUCGAGUUUUGAUCGUGCAACACCGCAUUUAGCGAGGGGCCCCGCCAUCACUGUUUCAUCGUCAUCUACCUUGUCAAUAUUGCUCAGCUGUAAGAGAAACAUUGUCAAUAUUUUACAAUCAUAAUGGCGGCCACAUUUUUUCACAUCUUUUCAAAAAUCAAUCACAAAUUUCUCGUGUAUUGUAUCGGGUACCCUAAUUUCUGUCGCCGGUAAAAUAUUCCCUAUAUUAUCAAAUAAAUGAGUGAUUUUUUUUUAUGAUGUUGAAUGCGUAUCCUAGUGCCCUUCUUAAUCAAAGCUAACGCGGUCACGUUUUUUCAUACGACUCUGUGUUGCAGAUAAUUGUUUUUACUAAUUAUUAUCUAGCUAAAAUGGAUCGAUCGGGGGAUCGAGAAUGUGACUUGCGUAUGGUCCAUACUCUCAGCCAUUAUAUUGGAAAAGAUUUAGAGUGUAUUGAUUGUUGUCGGUAUCAGUUAAACAUCCUUAAGUGAAGUUAUUUUCCUCAGUAGAAAAAAUCGUUGUCUUGGAAACUUUGAGCAUGAGUUUCUUCACGCCACUAAAGACGCACUUCACCAAAAACUUCUUUUAUGUCAUUGUAGAGAGUGUUGACCUAAAUAAACAAUUUAUCUAUCUGAAUUUGGAAAUCUCAACGAGAUGUCUUCACUAGUAUUAAUAAAAUAUCUAGAUUAGGAAA